AAUGCAUUUUAUUACAGUUCUUUACAUAAUUUCCGCUUUAUACAGAGUUGGUUCCUCUACUGCUGAAAGCAACAAGGAUCUAGCUAAACUAGCGAACCAAACAGCCUAUAAUGUAUCGAAGCUACUGGAUAAUCUUCUGAAAGAUUAUGAUAACAAUCUUCGGCCAGACUUUGGAGGUCCAUCAACACUGAUAGACGUAAACAUGCAAGUUAGGAGUAUGGGUCCGAUAUCAGAGAUGGAUAUGAGCUACAUCAUGGAUUGCUAUUUCCGACAAUCCUGGGUUGACAAAAGAUUAGCCUUUACAGGUUACAAGGAUGCCCUGGCUCUAAGUAUUGAGAUGUUAAGAAAGAUCUGGAAACCUGAUACCUUUAUGUACAACGGGAAGAAAUCCUAUCUUCACACAAUUACUACUCCAAACAGAUUUGUCAGACUGUUCCCAAAUGGUCGAGUUCUCUACUCGCAGCGUCUGACCAUCAGAGCUACUUGUAUCAUGAAUCUUGAAGGGUUUCCAAUGGACAAACAGAAGUGUCCACUUAGAAUAGGAAGUUUUGGUUAUACGGCUGAUGAUGUAACCUACAAGUGGACUACAGGUAGAGGAGUAAAUAUUGCUUCAGAUAUGAAACUAUCACAGUUUGAUCUUAUUUCUACUCCGACCGGAACAGAAACUACACUCAGAAACCAAGGUAUUCAUUCAACAUUGAUUGUGAGUUUUCAUCUGCAAAGGCACAUGGGAGACUUUGUUAUUCAGGUGUACGGACCUUGUAUCCUAUUGGUAGUUAUAUCCUGGGUUUCCUUCUGGUUGAAUAGAGAAGCUACAUCGGAUAGAAUAUCACUAGGGAUUACGACUGUUUUAACAAUGACUUUUCUUGGUCUAGAAGCUAGAAAAGAUUUACCAAAGGUACCAUAUCCAACAGCUCUGGACUAUUUUGUGUUUAUUUCCUUUACGUACAUAUUCUCUACAGUUGUACAGUUUGGUAUUGUACACCAUUUUACUAAGGUUGGCUCAGGAGAAUACUACCUGGAGGAGCUGGAGGAUGAACCUUGUCCUCAGGUGGAAAAGCGGAAACGAGUAAGAGAAAUCUAUGCCACCCAACAACAGAUACUGGAUCUGCUCCUCGACAGCUGUACUUCUCUACCAACCCACAAUGGUAAAAGCUGUGGCAGCAACGGACCUAGCAGCUUCAAGAUGCAAGAUAAAGAGAGCAGCUCAGCUACACUCUCUAGUUUAGAUUUCAAUUUCCUGAACCAUCAUCCAACAGCUAGAAACUUUAAGAAAAGUUUCCAAACGGAUUCAGCUGGAUGUACAGGGGGAGGUAGUUUGGAUACUCUUCAUGAUAUUCCGGACAAUAUUCCAGGUCCUGCUAGGGCACAGGGGGCACAGCAACUCCAGGUACGGGAGUUAGGGCUAACUAGAGAUAUAUUUCUCCUCGAAAAUGAGAUCAAUGAAAGAGAAACACCGGAGCAGUGUGUCUGUAAAAGAUGUGUGACACGAGCUUUCAAUGAUUCUGAUAAAUGUUUGAACUCUGUAUCAAAAAUAGAUCGGAUUUCUAGAAUUGUGUUUCCCUCAACCUAUCUAGGAAUAUAA